CUGAGUUUUCGGUUGGGCCCAAAAUGGAUAUUUAUCAGAAAAGCAACCCAAAAGAGUGCGAAAAAAUGGGGAAGAAGAGGAAGAGGGAGAGAGGAAGCAUACAUCCCCGGAACAAAUACUCCGACAACCCGCCGGACUUCGGUGUUUUGGCAUCACUGUAUCCUUCAUUCCAACCUUAUGUCAUCUACUCUCGAGAAGGCAAGCCAAGAAUCGAUUGGAAAGACUUCAAUGCCACUCGUGAGCUCACCAGGGUUUUGCUACUGCACGAUCACUCCAUCACCUGGUGGAUUCCUGAUGGACAACUCUGCCCCACAGUACCCAACAGAUCUAACUAUAUUCAUUGGAUUGAAGACCUUUUAUCAUCAGACAUCAUACCCAAUUCCCAGGAGGGCAAUAAUGUCAUUAAAGGAUUUGAUAUCGGCACUGGAGCCAAUUGCAUUUACCCUCUUCUUGGUGCAUCCCUUCUUGGCUGGAGCUUUGUUGGAACAGAUGUGACAGAUGUAGCAUUAGAAUGGGCUGAGAGGAAUGUUAAGAACAACCCUCAAAUUUCUGACUUAAUUGAGAUUCGAAAAGUUGACUUUGAGGAAGAGUUGACUGAAAAAGACAUGAAAAAUGGUGAUAAGAACUACCAUGGGCCUCCUAUACUUGUGGGUGUGGUGAAAAGUGGUGAAAGUUUUGAUUUUUGUAUGUGUAAUCCUCCUUUCUUUGAAACAAUGGAGGAAUCCGGGCUUAAUCCAAACACCUCUUGUGGCGGAACCCUAGCGGAGAUGGUUUGUCCUGGUGGAGAACAAGCUUUCAUCACUCGGAUCAUUGAAGAUAGUGUUCAACUUCAACAGUCUUUCAGGUGGUAUACAUCAAUGGUUGGAAAGAAAUCAAAUUUGAAAAGCUUGAUAGGAAAAUUACGUGAGGUGGGAGUUAGUGUGGUUAAAACUACUGAAUUUGUUCAAGGUCAAACAUGUAGGUGGGGGGUAGCAUGGUCAUUUGUUUCUCCAUCCAAGAAAAUAAUAUCAUCUCAUGUGGCAUCCAAAAAUGUCCUUACUUUCAUGCUUCAGGGAAUUCAACGCCAUUUCAGUGCAUUUCAUGUUCUUCAAUCAAUCGAAUCCUUCUUCCACACAAAUGGCGCCACCUGUAAAUUAAAUGCUGCCUCUUUUCAUAUUGACAUACACGUGGCCAUGUCUAAUUGCAAAGAAAUCUUGAAGGAUAUUGACUUUGUUGACCAAUCAAAUGAUUUACAAUUCCGCAUAACAGUCUUUGAGCAGAUUCCAGGCACUCUUUUAAUUAGAGGAUCUUUGAAACCUGGAGAAACCUCUGUGCCAGGGUUACUUUCGUCAAUAUUCCAAAAGUUGGAGGACAAGUUGAGAAAUUCAUUUUGCCCACAAAAGCUUUCAAACCGUGAUCAUGUAUAAUUUAAUCAUUUACCUUCUCUUUACAAACAUCAUGAUUAAUGUACACAUCAUAAACAAGUUUUUGUCAUUUGGGUUUUUUCAUAUAAGAUUAAGCAACACCCACCCACCAUCUCGCCGGAGAUAAAAUUCCGGCAGCUUUUCCGGCCAAUAUUUUCUUUUUUCACGCCUUCCCUUCGAUUCGGGCUUGAGUAAGCCCAACACACGCAUCAACAAAAUCCUCAUUUAUAAAAUCAAUUGAAAAUAUUUGCAACCGAUUUGCACAAUCUCUCAAAAAACAUUGCGAUAUGAACAAUCUCCCGUACCCGUGGAUCCGAUUCGUUACCGCUUUCACACACACAAUCGGGUUAUCCGCCCGCGGUGUAACCGUAUUCUCGACCCGAUAAAAAUACUUCCGUGAACAAACAGGUUGUUGUUGACUCAAAUACUUCAAAUUACUUUCAAAUUUUGUAAAAGGUAAAUCCGUAUUAAUCCAAUUAUCUUUCAAAUACCCCGAGCUCCAAAACGGGCCCCCGGGUUUCACCUCUGGUGAUUCCCGAGGCUUCCAAACACAAAUCACCUGUUUCGGUAAAAUCUCUGCAACUGUUUUCUCAAAAACACAGUCGUCCUGAUAAAUCAACAUCUCCCCGAGAUUCUCCAAUAAAAAUUUCUCAAACGCGGGCGGAUCUUUCCGACCGUAUUCCGUCCGAAUCUCUAGAAUCACGAUUUCUGAUUCCGUCUCCGAAAGGAAUCGCUUAACGUCGUCAAGCACAACGUCGAUUCCGUACGUCGUUAUGAUUCCGUGGCAAACUUUUCCGUUUUUCUCGACUCGGAUAUCGAGGACGCGGGUCCCGCGUACGAGUUGUUGGUAGAUGGAUAGAGACUGACAUUGGGCGAAGGGUCGGGUUAUGGCUCUGAUUCCGAUCUUGUCGGUGGCGGAAUCGUGGGUCCCAGGCCAGACGAUUUUGUUGAUGGGAAGUUUGGUCGGAUUCAGGCCGGACAUCCAGUUUUUCCGGUCGGGGGGAUGGAUAUCGCAUCCUGGGUAAUCGCAUCCACUUUCUUUUUUGAGUUUUCGUAGUUUUUUUCGUUCGGAUACAACAGCUCUUCGACGUUCGAUUUGUUUAGACCAUUUGGGUCCCAUUGCUAGAUAAGGAUGGAAAUAAUUAGGGUACAUCUUUUGUAACCCUAAUUGUGUGAUUUGGAGUGCUUUUGGUUAUCUUUCUUGUGAAAAUUAUUGAAUUUUGUUGAUGAAAUGGUUAAG